AUGAGCGCUCCGGAUGAGGUGUCUGCCUGGGGAGUGGGUCUGGGUCUGGGCCCGGAGGGCGGGGGACAGGCCAGCGUCCGCCCCGCCGGCCGCCGGGCCCCGCGGGCCCCGGGACGAGGUCUGGAUCUGGGGCCGCCGCGCAGCGGCGAGGGCGAGGGCGAGGGCGAGGGUGGGUUCCCAGACGCCGAGGGCUUCGAGUCCGAGCGGGAAGUGAUGGAAGCGGGAGGGCCCGUGCCGUGGGGCCGCGAAGGCCGCCCCGGCGCCCCGGCCGACGACAAGGCGGACGCCCUGGACUACGCGUCCCACCUCGCUGACGAGUCCGCGGCGAACACGGAGCAGCAGCUGACAGACCGCGAUGCCCGGGGCCUGCGGAGAAACCCGUCCCCGGAGAGCGGCGCCGUGGAGGCGUCGGGCGGUUGGGCCGGCCUCGAGGCAGGGCCCAGUGGGCGAGGCGCGCUCGCCCUGGGCCGCGUGGGGUCGCGGCCGCCUUCCGCCGCCCCACUGCACGUCGGUGGGCCCGAGGGGGGCCGGGCCUGGGGGAACCCGAAAAGAGGAGCCAAGGGCAGGUCGACCGUCCGGGUGUAUCGCCAGCGGCCCCCGGCCACCGAAGGCCCCGGCGGGCUGCCCUCCGACCCCGAGUCCUCAGAUGAGUUCAGCGAGAUACAGCUGAUGAGGGUGAGCAUUUACUCCAAAGAAGGCGGCCCAGCCAAGCCCAGCAGCCCCGAGGAUCCCGGGGACACAGCCAGACCCGCGAAUUUCCACGUCAGGGAGAAGUUCCUUCACGUGCGGGGCCCUUUCCUGACCUCCGCUCCCCGAGGAUUCACUUCGGUUGUGGAGAGGCAGGCCGUUGGAGAGCUGGACGUCUCCUCCUCUAAGAAAAUGCCAAGUGUGGUCUGGGGGAAGGGGGAGAGCAGGCCCAGCUACCAGGGAGCUGCUGCUGUUGCUGCCGCUGCAGGUGGCCUGCCCCAGGCCACCUCGAGGAGUAAGGCGGCCCAGGAGAAGAAAUGCCUAGGGGGGCCCUCAAAAGUGGCCCCGGGCAAAAGCUUCCCUUCCUGGGGGCAGAGAGUCUCGGCUGCUCCCCUGGAACCAGCCACCUUCCCCCCAAUCUCCGGUGUCCCGCUGCUUGGGAGGUCCGAGAGGUAUUCCUUGGCCCCUUCGGGACCCAAACAGUCCAAGCGCGCGGGCGCCGCCGGCAAGAAAUCUGUGGCCAGGAGGACACGGGAGGCAGAGGUGGCGGCCACUGCAGGAGAAGGCGGUGACUCCAACAGAGACGCGGUCCUCCCAAAGGGCCAACUUCCAACACAGAGGCCAGGCCCAUCUUCGUGCAUGCAUCGCAGGGAAUGCAGCAGCGGUGAUCUCCACGCCAGAGCACCCCAAGUUCCAGGAAGCUCGGAGCCCUGGGCCCUGAGCCAGGGAGACGUCCUGCACAGAGGGCCUGCCCUGUCCGGUGACCAGGAGCCGCCGGGCCAGCCCGCAAGGCCAGGAAGGCAGCAGGAACCACCGGCUGGCGCGCAGGGCUGUCUGCGGUGUCUCGUGCUACAGAGAGAAAUAGACGACCUUAAAGAGCAGCUUGCGGCCAUGCGGUCCCUGGCUGACAAGGGCCAGAGCCUCUGAAGUGAGUUGUUACACACACCGCUCCGCUUCGCACGGCCGUGGAUGUCGGCAGGGCCGGAGGCUGGCCCCGGCUCGGGCUCUUCCUGGACCCUGCGCUGUCGGGCAGGCGGAGCCCAGCAUCUCUGUAGCAGAGGGGCAGCUGGUGCCUUCGCAGCCAGGGAGCUGUGGCCAAGCCGGUUCCCUCCUGCCCGCCCUCAGCCAAGGCUUCCUCUCCCUGUUCUUUUGCCCCCCCUCCCCGCCCCGGUUCACAGCAGUUUCAAAUUAAAGUACCUCUCAGGUC